AUGUGCAUGGCGUUCGAUGCGCUCCGGCACACCCACCACUGGCGCGAGGGGGAGCUGCUCAUCUGGGACAACCGCGCCCUGCUGCACCGCGCGCUGCCGUGGGACGUCGAGAGCGUGCGCCGCAUCAUGCGGAGGGUCGUCGUGCUCGGCGAUGUCGAGCGAGACGUGCCGCGGCGGUGGAGCGGUGAGGAUGCGUGCUGA